AAAAAUUGUAUUAUUUAGCAGAAAAAAUAGUAAAAGUGUUAAAUAAAUUAAAUAUUUAAGCAAAAUUAUGUUUAAUUCAGCUAUUAAACAUUUAAAUUUUGUAAAAAAUAUUUGUUAAAAAUCAACAACAACAUGAAUAUAAGACCCAGAUGUCGUGAAUGGCUGCCUUUAAGUACGCAGCAGUUGAGAUUAAGGAACCUUCAAGCAAUACAAGGCGUUAAUAUUGAAAUCAAAACGACGACAAAAGCCAACUGUUCCAAAGCAUCCACGGAGACGUUGUUGUAUUAUACAUUACAUGAUCAUCCGGAAAAUGAGCCAUUUUAUCAGAGUGAGAAGGUGGCUUUAAGAAAGCAUUUACAUGUAAAAUGGGCGGAGAUUCAAUGUCCAGAGAUACUAAAGUCCAAUGCUAAUUGUGUUUGUAUUAAAAUAUGGGCCUGCAUUAAGAAGACUGACUACAUAAAUAACAUAAAAAAUGACGAGAAGCCCUCAGAAUCGAGGCCAGAGCAACAGCAGCAACAAACAGAAGAUGAGAAAACUACUUUGCUAAGAACAAAGAAAAUUAAGGAACCCAUGAGUGCCUUAACGCGGGAAUUUGUCAAAUUCCAAAAGUUGCCACGACCCUCAGACGCUCUACUCUUUAGCUGGGCUAUUUACUUCUCCGGUCUAAUUCCCCUGUCACAAAAUACCGAAGUCAAGUGUUGUGAAAAUUCUUUGAUUUUUCAAAUGAAUGAUGAGUAUUUUGCUUCGCCGGAAUUGUUUAAUACGGAAUGUUUACGUCAACAAUUGGCCUUAAACUAUGAACGUUACUCAGCCAGUGUGCCAAAGUGUAGCAUACCCACACCAGAUGAAUUUACCAUCAAUUCACCACAAGUUUCGCGUAGCUCUAGUCCAGUUGCUGUUGACUGGCAAAAGGAUUUGCUGCGAAUGUCCAAGACCCGUUACGUCCAGUUGAACUGUGUACGUUCCGAGGUCAGGACUAGUUACGAUUUGAUGAAAUUGUUAAGAUUGCAACAAUUGCAAAGACAACGUUUACAAACGCAGCGCGAAAGUGUAGAGAUGACGGCCGACAUUAAACGUUUAAGCUUAAGAUGUAUAACCAAAGAACAACUAUUACGAAAACCACGUACGACUUCAAUAAAUUCAUCCUCGUCAUCGUCUGCCUCAACUGCCUCUCAGUAUCAUUCCAUGGGUCGGACGCUAAGUCUUCUGCUGGCCGAACAGCAGCACAUAGAUCCUCAUCAAUUGCUAAGAGCCCAACAGCUGCAACAGCAAGUGGAGUCACUGAAAAGUAAACAAAGACUUUUGCAAAGUGCUAAGGAAACCUUUUCAAAACGUAUUACGCAAUUAAGACAGCAGUUAAAUGCUGCCACUACGUCUCGUCAGCAAUUGCAAACUUGGUUAACAUCAAGACGCCGCAAACUACACGAGGAUAAGUUGGAAUUGGAAAAUUCUCUAGUUCAACAAUUAGAACGUCGACAUCGUCGGCGUUCAGUUACCCAACAUGUAGAACGUGUAAUGUCCUCUCUGUGUUUAGAGCUACGGGACAUUUAUCCUAUAGCCCGUAAUCGUUUUGGUCUCUAUACGAUCUGUGGUAUACCCUUCCCUACAAUGGAUGGCUAUGUUUUGGAUACACUCAAUGCUCAAAGUGUACAUAUAUCGGAGAAUAUAACACCAAUGGCUUUGAGUGCUUCCUUGGGCUAUGUGGCCCAUUUAGUUGAAAUGAUUUCUGUUGUUCUCAACAGACCUUUAAGAAAUCCCAUUAUACAUGAAGGUUCACGUACCCGUAUUAUGGAUGUUAUCAAAGAUAUACCUUCCUAUACAUCAAGAGAAUUUCCUCUCUACAGUCGAUCCUCUAUACCCACGAAACCAGUCAAAUAUGCAGUUAAUUUAUUAAAUCAAAAUAUUUCUCAAUUGUGUUUCGAUAUCUGUGGUAUACGCUGUGAUAUGCGUGCUACCAUUGAUAACUUACUAAAUAUAUUUGCCACUUUUGUGCAAAUCGAGCAAAAUAAAAGUGAAAUACAUUUACGUACACGAACUUUAACUGCAAAACGUUUAACUAUAGCUGAAAUUAAUAAUUCCAAUGAGGUUGAUGGUUCCCAUCGGCUGCAAAAUCAACAACAUCAUCAUCAUCUCCAGCUAAAUAAUCACAAUCAUCAAAAUGAUCAUCAAAUUACAUCAAACAAUGGCGAACAAGACUAUUCGCUAUCGAAGUCGCAUUCAUCUGUCGAUAUGAAUCAUAUGAUGCCCCCUACCACACUGAUGCAUCACCAUCAUCAUCAUCAUAAUGUGCCUGUAUUUUCAUUAACUGCUGAUAAGCUGUUACAUUCAUCACGUAUAAGUUCACAGCCCAUCGAUAUACAAGAUCGAUCGUCAGUACUUAUAACAAAUCAACAACGAAAUUGUCGUUCUGUUGGCUCUUAUACAGAUAGCGAAGAAGAAGUUUGUCAUUCUACUCCAAUUCAAUGUUUUUCUAAUUCGGACUCUAACUUGACGUCAUUACAAAGUGGUGUUGGGCAUCAUCAUAUUCACAAAACAAACCGGAAAAAAACGACAAAAAAAAUCAACAAAUUGUAUAAGAAAUCCUUAAAAAUAUCAAUAGAAAUGCAAAUUAAAACUUUCCUAAGACCAAUCGGUCGUUAUAACUGUAUUAUAAAUCAAAGAACCAUCACUCAUAGCCACAACCCCCAAACUGGAGGAGAACAACAGCCUACAUCCUCUUCUAGUGUUCUCAAAAGAACACCAAAAGAUGAAAGUAGUAAAUGGAAUUUGAAAAUGUAUGGUUGGCAAAUACACAGUUAUGGUGGUGUAGAGGAGUUGCAAUUUACAGACAAAUUAAAAAUGCCACAACUAAAACAAGCUAAUGAAUGUCUGGUUAGAGUAACUACAACCACAGUCAAUCCCAUAGAUGUGGCCAUGUUAAAUGGUUAUGGAGCCACUGUUUUAAAUACCAUGCGUUGUCAGGGUAAUUCCAUAGAAUUUCCCUUGACUUUAGGUCGUGAAUUCUGUGGUAUUCUAGUGCAAAAAGGCAUGAAUGUGGAUAUACCCUUAGGGCAAAGAGUUUGGGGUGUGGUGCCCGUACAAAAUACAAAUGGAGCUCAUGCUGAGUAUGUAGCCGUAACAAAUCAAUGUCUUUCUUUAGCUCCUAAAAAUCUUAGUGAUGAAGAGGCAGCCUCAGUUUUAUAUGCUGGUCUUACCGCUUGGUCUGGUCUCUAUGUUACCGCCAAUAUAGGCGGCAUUUGUGGUGCCCUCACAGCCGAUGGUGGUGGUGGACAAAAACGUAUUUUAGUUUUAGGCGGUUCUGGCAGUGUGGGCUCUUUAGCCAUACAAAUGCUUAAGGCUCAGGGCACACAAGUAGUAGCCACCUGUAGCGAAAAUGCCAAAGAACUUGUCAAGUCCCUAGGUAGCGAUGUUGUUAUAGAUUAUAAUAAUGCCGAAGAAAUGUCAAAUUUACGUUCAUUUGCUCCUUAUGAUGUGGUACUCGAUUGCAGUGGUCAGGGACCCCAGGGUGCGGAAUCCCUAAACUUUAACUAUAAACAAUAUGUUACCUUUUCAUCACCGCUUUUGAAAAAUAUCGAUAGCAGCGGUUUGGGUUUAGGGCUUUUGAAAAAUGUGGGCAGCAUAUUGGAAACUAACUUUAAAUCGGUUAGCAAACAAAAUGGUUUAAUAAAAUGGGGUUUCUUCUCGCCCGCUCCUCAGGGCAUUGAAUUUUUAAAGAAACUGACAGAGCGCGAAAAGAUUGUUCCUUUAAUAGACAGUAGUUUUGAAUUUGAACAGUUGCCGGCAGCAUUUGAUAAAGUUAGCCAAGGUCAUUUGCGAGGAAAGGUUGUUGUUAAUAUUGAUUAAUUUUUAAUGUUUGUAUUAUUUAUGAUUUGUUAUGUUUAUUAAAAAUCUAAUUAAAAAUUGAAUUUUUAAUACUUUUGA